ACGACAAGUAAAGAAAGGGGAAUUAGGGUUCUAAAGAUUCCUCAACCCAAGAUCUAGAGAGAGGGAUUUCGAUCGAUGGGAAAUUUCCGAAUUUCUAAAUCCCAAUGAAAGCGUCUGGAAAGUAUGAUUAACAGUGGGAAAUUAUCAAAGCGAUGAGUAGUGAUUGAGGUGUUGAUGUGACCUGCAUCCCCCCAUUAAGCCCUACACGAUUGGGCCCUUUUUACUUACCACCAUAGUUCCAAACUCACAGGAUUACAUUCAUAAUUCGCACCCACUUUCGAGUAAUCAGCAAUCGAGAAUCCAUGUUAGGCUGGUUUGGGAUUCAUUCUGAGACCGGAAAGGGUUUGGGUGCUUGAUCAGGCGGAUGAUUUUUUGUUUUUUCCUUUUUAAUUUACCCAACGCCUUUGUAAAUCGAGACUCCUUUUCGUUGUCGCCUUUGUUUUUGUUCUGUUUUGAUUUCCUUUGCUUCUACAAAAAACAUAUUAGAUGUUGCGGAGAAUCUUUGAGUAGAGAUUUCUCGUAGGACUCGAUUGCUGAAAAAUGGGAAAUGCUAAUGGAAGGGAAGAUGGCGCCGCCGCCGGCGAAUCUGGUGUGGACGUCGGCGAUGGUUCUCAGGUAAGCAUGGCCGACGGAGACGGCGCCCCGAGCGGUGAGUUCGUGGAGCCCUCGCCUCCCUCGAGUCCUAGGGCUUCUCAAUCUCCUCUGAUGUUCAAACCUCAGAUGCCAGUGGCUCCAUUAGAAAGACCCGACGAACUGCAGAUCCCCAACCCUUCAUGGAUGCAGACUGGCUCGGGUUAUGAAGACUCGUACAAUGAGCAUUGCAUUCCAACUAUGAUAACGUGGAGCUAUGGUGGCAACGAAGUGCUGGUUGAGGGGUCAUGGGAUGAUUGGAAAACAAGGAAGCCUUUGCAAAGGUCGGGGAAGGACUUCACUAUCAUGAAAGUACUUCCUUCAGGAGUUUAUCAAUACAAAUUUAUUGUUGACGGGGAAAAGAGGUACACCCCGGAUCUACCCUGGGAACAAGAUGAAUCAGGAAAUGGUUACAACAUAUUAGACUUACAGGACUAUGUUCCGGAGGAUACCAACAGCAUUUCCGGAUUCGAACCACCUCAAUCCCCAGAUUCAAGCUACAAUAACUUGCAACUUGGUCCAGAGGACUUUGCAAAGGAGCCCCCAUUGGUUCCUCCUCAUCUUAAUAUGACUUUGCUCAAUGCCCCAUCUUCCAACAUGGAGAUUCCACCCCCUCACUCGAGGCCUCAGCACGUUGUCCUAAACCAUCUCUACAUGCACAGAGAUAAAAACCGCCCGGCAGUUGUCGCACUCGGUUCCACCCAUCGCUUCCUUUCGAAAUAUGUAACAGUGGUGCUCUACAAGUCCAUACAGAGGUAACAAGUUUACUUUUUCUAUAGAUGUAAUCAUCAAAGGUACUGUUGCUUGAGUCUCUUAUGCACACUUGGGAGAAACCCGUCAUAGAGAAGGAACGCUUUGCGGUGAUUUUGGUGAUACUUGGCAUCAUGAUUGGGCUUGUCUUACUGAUUUGCUGUCUGUUUUUACUGAUCUUUCCAUGCUCA